CGAGCGCAACGAACUAAAUUGACCGUAUCCACUGUAAAGCUUCAGCUUGUUCGAAUCAACUAUGUGAAGAUUAUUGAACUUUUUAUUGCACAUUUAUUGGAACAUUCUCUUUUCGAGCUUGACCAUGCCGUCGUCUAGCAUUUCUUCGAAGGGGUCAUUCAGAAGCAGGAACCAGUCAAGAACACCGCUGACUUGUUGUUUCUCUCAUGUAGUGCAGCCGCAAGGCAUUUGAUCAAACACCGCUGGACAGGAGCCGUGAGCAGGUUACUCAUAUCUAAAUAUGCGCGUAAUUGGAGUUCACUGGCGAGGCGUCCCUUGCACUCCUGUCUGGAUAAUAUUGUCGUGAUGUUCAAUUCUUCGGAAAUUGAGCUCACUUGUAACAAGAAAGAGGAUAUUUCCGAAGUUAUCAAUGGCACUCUGCUGCUUCUCUACAACGUGCUCGUCACCAGCAGCCCCACAGCCAUGUGGAACGAGUCGUGCGGGGAGCAGCUGCUGGAUUUCGGGCGACCGGAGAAGAUCAUUAUUGGGGUGAUGCUGGCCAUUAUCACGGCAGUCACCGUGAUGGGAAACACGCUAGUGGUAAUCGCGGUGUGUGUGGUGAAGAAACUAAGACAACCUUCAAACUACCUUCUUGUAUCCUUGGCAGUUGCGGAUCUGUCAGUGGCCAUAGUUGUGAUGCCGUUUGCCAUUGUGACAGACCUCACUGGAGGCAAGUGGCUUUUUGGGGAAGUGUUCUGCAAUAUCUUCAUCGGCAUGGAUGUAAUGUGCUGCACUGCCUCCAUUAUGACACUGUGUGUGAUCAGCGUGGAUAGGUAUCUGGGGAUCACACGGCCUCUCACCUACCCAGCACGGCAGAACGGUCAGCUGAUGGCCAAGAUGAUUGUGGGAGUGUGGCUGGUAUCAGCAUCCAUAACCCUGCCACCUUUCUGUGGCUGGGCCAAAAACAUCAACACGGCCGGUGUGUGCCUCAUUAGCCAAGACUUUGGUUACACCAUCUAUUCUACAGCCGUAGCCUUUUACAUACCUAUGCUGGUAAUGCUUGUCAUGUACUACAAGAUUUUCAGGGCAGCACGCAAGAGUGGUGCCAAGCAUCGCUUCACUGACCUGUCACGCCGCGAUCGUCUUGAAACAGUGGCUAAUGAGGCAAUGCGCAUGCAGGGCCUGAAGCCACCCGGUGUGGCAGAGGAAUGUGCUGCCAUGUCCCUACUGCUGAGCCGUGGGCGUAAAAACAUCUCUAUCUUCAAGCGGGAGCAGAAAGCAGCGACCACACUUGGAGUGAUUGUGGGGGUUUUCGCUGUGUGCUGGCUGCCAUUCUUCAUCCUGUCCACUGCCAGGCCAUUUGUUUGUGGAGUGGACUGUAGCUGUUUUCCCUUCUGGCUGGAGCGCACCCUGCUCUGGUUAAGCUACGCCAACUCCCUGAUGAACCCUUUUAUCUACGCCUUCUUCAAUCGAGACCUGCGCUCCACUUAUCGUGACCUUCUCCGCUGCCGUUACCGCAACAUCAACCGCCGGCUGUCUGCUGUUGGGGUACAUGAGGCCCUCAAAGUGUAAACUUUGGUGUUUAAGCAGUGUAUAUUGCAGUGUAUGGUGGACCUUUGCUUGUACAAUAGGUCCUAAAGGGCAUGGUGUACACAGCAGGCCUGUAGAUAAGACCCAGACUGACAGAAUGGGAGUAACUGUUGGUGGCUCUCAAGGACCUUUGCAAAGACAUAGACAGUACGGUUUCUUAAGUUUCUGGGUGACUCCUGUUCUUGGAAAGAAAAUCAUAGAGUGCACUUGAUGGGCCAUUCAAGUCGACACUGCUUUUGUGGAUAUGCCACCAUUACAGACUGGCUUCAGAUUUAUGGGUUGAUAAUGCACAAACAGACAAAAAAAUUACAUGUAAACACAAACAAAACCCCAGGGCUUUCAAAGAGACCAUAAAACAAGCAAACAGAUUCAUGUAUAUUAACAAAAUUGAUGUCUUAUUAAGAAAACAUUUGUUUUCAGGCACAGUGUCUUUAUUUCCUCAUGAGUACAUCCCAGAAGAGGAGCUGAACUCUUCAAUGCUUGCUGUGCCAAGAUUACUGCAAAUUUAUAUUGCUUUAUUUUCUGUGAAAGCUUUCAAUUUGGACCUCCUACUAAAUUCCACAGGAGCCCCAUAAAGUCUCAUAAAGUUGCAGAUAACCAGUAGAAGAUAAGGGAGAGCAGUGUUAAAAUGCAACAUGAUGGGAAAUUUUCAUUUCUUACAAUCUCAGUGUCUGUUGUUAGAAAAGAAACUGAAAGUGGUUUAGUGUCUGCAUGAAACAUUUGUCUUACAUGCCACUGUGCACAUAAAUAAAGAGAUUGGAUUAGUGAAUGUCAGCUUAGAAGAGGUGUUUCCAUGAUUUACUUAAAUACUGUGUCACACACGUAAAUUCAGUAUGAACUUAUUACUUUUUGUGUUGGAAACCAAAGUAUUGUGGAAUAUACUCUUGUCAUUUUGCCUUGAUCAGUUUCAUUUCACAGCUGGCUCCUGACCUUUUCACUUAGAGAAUUGUCGUGUCCUUAGCACUUUUCUUCUUCACUGGUUGUCAGAAGUGUUUCUGUCUCCCAUUUGAAUCAGGAUGUGGUCACUUCCCUCCUGACUACACUCCCAUUUGAGCUCAAUGGCCUGUACAAACCCAAGUCAAAUGUCAUCAGUUGAGCAGUGUGUGCAUUUUCUACCUCAAUUUUUUGAGAACACUGUACAUUUCAUCCGAACAGAUAUACUGCUGUUUCAUUUUAUAAUUACUGCUAUUUUUUAAUGUGUAAACUGAUGUGUCUACAACUGCGUGAGUUCUCUGUGUGACCACUUUGUUAUUACCUUGAGAAAACAAUCUGAGGAAGUAGCAAAGUAUUUCACCACGUUGUAUAUAAAUAAACACUUAAAAUGUU